AUGAGCACCACCACCACCACUACUGCUGUCGCCCAACCGGCCCCGAUCACCGCAGAGAACAUUCUCCGCCUCUUCCCUCAGAUCAACACCUCUCUCGCCAGUUCUGCUUCGGCCACUCAGGACAGUGAUCUGGCUGGUUAUGACGACGAGCAGAUCCGCCUCAUGGAUGAGGUCUGCAUUGUCCUUGACGAGAACGAUUUGCCCAUCGGUAGUGCCAGCAAGAAAGUUUGCCACUUGAUGGAGAACAUUGAGAAGGGCUUGUUGCACCGCGCAUUCUCCGUCUUCCUCUUCGACAACAAGAACCGCCUGCUUCUCCAACAAAGGGCUUCCGAAAAGAUCACCUUCCCCGACAUGUGGACCAACACCUGCUGCUCACACCCUCUUGGCGUCCCUGGCGAGACUGGCUCCACCCUCGACACUGCCAUCAUGGGUGUCAAGCGCGCUGCCCAACGUAAACUCGAUCAAGAACUUGGCAUCAAGGCACACCAGGUUCCUCUGGACAAUUUCCAUUUCCUCACUCGCAUCCACUAUGUCGCCCCUAGCGAUGGCAAGUGGGGCGAACACGAGAUUGAUUACAUCCUGUUCAUCAAGGCCGACGUCGAUCUCGCAGAGAACCCAAACGAAGUCCAAGCCACCAAAUACGUUACCGAAAACGACCUCAAGACCAUGUUCAAAGACGAUUCUCUUCUAUUCACACCGUGGUUCAAGCUCAUCUGCCAGAGCAUGCUCUUCGAAUGGUGGGGCAGUCUUGACCAAGGCCUCGACAAGUACAAGGGCGAAACCGACAUCAGACGCAUGCUCUAA